CGCCUUUAGGCCUGUUUGCCAACCGCCGGUAAACCCCAGAAGAAGACGGGUCAGCGGAAGUUCGACUGGGACCGUCAUGGCGAGCAGCCGCUGUUCGGUCGCAGCGAUGCUCCGCAACAAGCUCCGCACCUUCGCGUGCUGUUUGUUCGUUUUCGCGCAGUUGACGUCGCCGCCGGUUCGGGCCAAAGCGGACGGCCUGAGGGAGGUGACCGACGGGAGCUGGGAGCAGAUCCUGAGCGGAGAGUGGAUGAUUGAAUUCUACGCUCCGUGGUGUCCGGCGUGUCAGCAGCUGCAGCCGGUGUGGAAGGAGUUCGCAGCCUGGGGGGAGGACAUGGGGGUCAACAUCGCCAAGGUGGACGUGACAGAACAACCUGGUCUGAGCGGACGUUUCAUCAUCACCUCACUUCCUACCAUUUACCACUGUAAGGACGGCGUCUUCCGGAAGUACCAGGGAGCUCGCACUAAAGACGACUUCCUGAGCUACGUCGAUGAGCAGAAAUGGAAAGCAGUGGAGCCCAUUUCCUCUUGGUUUGGGCCGUCCUCACUCUUAAUGAAUUCAAUGUCUGCUUUGUUCAAGCUCUCCAUGUUUAUCCGGCGUUGUCAUAAUUACAUGACGGACCAGCUGGGGAUUCCUGUGUGGGGAUCGUAUGUCAUCUUUGGUUUGGCCACUCUGUUCUCUGGUCUUGCUCUUGGUCUGUUACUGGUGUUCAUUGCAGAUUUUGUCUUCCCCUCUCGACGAUUUUCUUCUCCUAAUUAUUACCAGAAGAAACAGAGCUUGGAGCAGGCGAGGUUAAUCCACCAACAAGAAGACGAGCAUGAAGCUGAUGGUGAGGAAGACGAUGACGAAGAUGACGAGGAGGAUGACGGAGACCAGGAUGAUGUCUGGAGGAGAAGAAGAGGCUCCCCUGAGGGCCGCCCAGAACCCAAGGGGCAGGGUUUGGGUGACGAAGCUCUGAGGAAGAGGGUGGUGUGUAGCCGUGAGGAAGAGGAGGAGGAGGAGGACACUUAGAGCAUCAGUGUGGAGCUUCACAUUGACCCGUACUCGUUUUGAGAAGAGCGCCGCAGAGCUGGAGGAGCCUUGGUCCAGAGCAACAGUGUUUACAGCAGGGAGUCCCAAACCUCCCCCUUAACCUUCCUCUUCUCCUCCUCCUCUGAAAACACCUCGCUUCCUUUCUUCUCCUUCCCUCGUUUCUAACGGGAGCGCUUCAGACUCUCGCCACCGCCCUCUCUGCCUGAGCAGCAGGCUCCGCCUUGAAGAAGCUAAAGCAACACUCCUGACAUCUGUCUUUGCUUGUGGGAACAAACGGCCUGGCUGAGGUUUUGGAAUGACGUGCAGUGGAGCUGGAUUUUGCAGGGUUGUUUAUGCUAUGCAUUGUUUUUUAAAGAUUUGUGUGUUAUUACAUGUUUAUCUCUGAAUUAUUGUUAUUAUUAUACCAGGCUUGCAUUUCAGGUUUAUGUUGUAGAAUUUCUACGCUUCUUCAUUUUACGUAGCAUUUAUUUUAAAAACCAUGAGAACUCAACCAGACAUUAGUGUUCUCACACAGAGGUUAAGAGAUAAAUGGAAGCACCGAGGUUCAAUGUGGCCGCAAACUUGGUUUCGUUAUGUGGUGUUCUCACAAUAAAAGCCACCAUGUUCAAAUGCUUUCAAUUCAGACCAGGAGGAUGUUUGGUUUUUAUUAUUACUAGUAACUUAAAAGCUCGAAUUCAGCUGAAGUUCUAAUCAAUCACAAACAAGCUCCUGAAAAGGACAAUGGUGUCACAUGAUGCAGGUGAUAAAUACUGAUCAGUGAUCAGUCUGUAAACUCGAAGGACACAUGGAGAACACAUACCUCUGCCGAGGCAGAAUUAUUCUGCAAACUUCUCACAGUUUCACCUGUUCAGACAUAUUAAUCAUGAUCUCUGAGUUAAUUGUUGAGAAGUUCCCAAAAUUGUGCACACGUCCACAAACGAUGUCAAAGAAAGUAAAGAAAAAACAACCUUACAUCCUCUUUUGGGCCAGUUUCAAGAAAAGGUCCACUCUGACCCGUGGAAACCUCCUUGAAUCUUUCUGUUUGGACAAUUGAUCUGAUAAACAUCUGUUUUUCUCAGUUUGUAUAAAGAAUGAAUUCUGUCGGCA